AUGGCAAAUCCGACUGCAGAUACCCUCCUGAACGUGACGGUCGAGUCUCUGGCAACGUUCUCAGGGGUCGGGGAUCCCAGUUAUGAUUACGAUGGGAAGAAUGAACGCGGGGGCGCUGCGGUUUUGAAGGCUCAACUUGGAAUUCUACAACAGAAACCGCGCCCUGUGCAAUUUGCCAUCCACCAUGAGCUGGCUGCAAAAUACACCCCGGCCCUAGUGGAGAAGUUCAAGGCCGAUACAAGCGUUUUAGGAGCGCCGGCAAGGCUACUAAAUGUUAUCUCGUACACCCCUUACUUCGUCCGUUUCACCAAAACACCGGCGGGAAAAGAUAUCACGUCCAUUUUUGCUUCUCGCAUUGCUCAACUGAGCGAUAACAACACCUUCCCGCUCUCGCAGGACGAAAUUGCUGAAAUCGGACAGUUUUUUGCGACGCUGGUAGUGCUACAGGGCCAAAAUGGCAUCUCAGAGGACGACAAGAAGGCUCUCCUGACAAGAUUCAAGAGCUGGCUUAGGGAUUCCUUUGCAGGCGACACGAGCGAGAGAUGCCUAGCGGUCCUGAACGCGUCUAGGGAGAUGCAACCGAUGUUUGACAGUAUCAAACACAACCUCGAGGGUCCGUUGAACAAAUGUGGAGGCCCGCAAUGUCAAAAGACGACCCGAACAGACGGCGCUUCGUUGCUCAAAUGCUCAAAGUGUAAAACAUCUGUCUACUGUGACACCGACCAUCAGCGUGAAGCCUGGCCAGAGCACAAACGCCUUUGCUUCCCAGCGACGUUCUGA